GAAGAAUCCAAAUGGCCAGGCCACCACUGCCAGGAAGGUGGCAAGAGGCAGUCUCCCAUUGACAUUAAGACCAGUGAGGUUAUCCCGGACUUCACAAAGAUGUUCAUCAAGUAUGGACCUCUGCAGUUCUCGGGGUACCAUAGGGUGCUCGUCUCUGGUAUCAAUAAUGGGCAUACAAUACAAUUCAGUUCGGAGGGUGAGGAGGCGAUCCACCCGGUGGUCACGGGAGGUCCUCUCAAGUACCUGUACAGGUUGGAGCAGCUGCACUUCCACUGGCUUUCUGAACACUCCAUCAAUGGCGUCAAAUUCCCCAUGGAGUUACAUUUCGUUCACGUGAGAAGUGAUCUGUCAGUAGUUGAGGCGCUGGGCAAAAGGGACGGACUGGCCAUCAUCUCCGUGUUUGGCAAUGUACAAGCAGAGAUAGACGACUUCGAACCCCAUGUGACGGAGAUCAUGGAAUACAUUCCCCACCUCAUGAACACCGGAGACAGGGUCAGCGGAGUCAUCCUCGAUAUGACGAAGCUAUUCAGUCCUAACAAAGAGUCGUACUACACAUACUCUGGCUCCCUGACUUCGCCUGAAUGCAAUGAAGCCGUCAUAUGGAUUAUAUUCGAUGAACCUGUAUAUUUGACGGAUGCCCAGGUAACUAUCUAG